AUGACUUUCUCCGCCUCCUCUCGCUCCAGAUACAAGGCCAAGGGUGUUCCGAGGUCUGUGCCGAACCAUUGGCCGUCGACCUGCACUUUGGGCUCGAAACGGUCGUAUUGGUCGAGUUCGAAUUUUGGAUGGUCGACCCGGUCCACCGUCAGCGUGACGCUCAAGUCUCUUCGUGCUCCUAAAUUCGAGCACGAAUUCAAAUUCGAUUCCACCACUUCAAUUUACAAGGUCAAGGAGGAGCUGGCAAAAAAGAUUGGCAGCUCUCCGGACUACCUCACAUUGAUGCUCAAGGCAAAGACCGUCCACGACGAGGACUUGCUAGAAAAAUACGCCACGGAAGGAACGCUGAAACUGAAUGCCAUAGUGAAAGCCAAGCCAGAAACUGCAGAAACGACACACGAAACUGCCAAGCCUACGUCUGGCCUGUCGCCCGAGGCAUGGGCUAAGAUCUCGCAGAUUCUGGAGUCAGAGAUUUUCGACGAGACUGCCAGGAACGAGUACCUGCAGAAGCUAAAAAGAGUGAGGUUGUGA